UUAAAAAUUGGAAUAAUUAGGGAAGCCACCGCUUCUGCCGCCCCGGCCGCCUCUGCCGCGUGUUGAAGGGCGAGAAUAGUUGAAGCGGCCACUGCCAUCAUGGAGGAGGCCUUGGUGACGGAGACGGUGUUCUUCGUUGAGGAGCAGCCUGGGGAAAUCAGCAAAGGCAAUUGGGUCGAGCUUGGCUUCAAGGGUUCGGACGAAAGGGAGAAAGUCGUCACCGAGGCCCCGGAGACAUCGAUCGACCAGUUCAUCGUUAGUGAUGGGAUUGUUGAGAUCUGCGAGGCGAUCGGCAAUGUCCUAUGCGCGAGUGAGAUACUGGGCAUAGGAGUCAACUCCGCGGGAGAGUUCGCCAAGUUGGGUGCGGAGGCCGCGAAGAGUCUGGCGGUUGCCAGAUCCGUAGGCUGCAGUGAGUUUGGUCCAAGCAUCAAGAGCGGUGGUGCAACCGACGAGACGAGGAAGAACAGAGUCGGUGAGUGAGCCGGCCAUGAAUUUGGCAAGAUCGAAACUGAUAAGAAGAGGGAGCACCUACAUAUGCCAGAGAAGGAAAUUGGUGGCAGUGAGUUUGACAGAGAUAUGGGGAGCAGGGGGAGGAGUGAAUUGAGAGAGGGAGGCAUCAGAAUUGGGAAAGGGACCAGUGGUUUCGGAAGUGGCGGAGGAGUCGCUGGCCAUGAGGAAGGAGAAGCUAAGAGAGGUAGAAGAGGAGAAGGAAAAAAAAUUAAUUUGUCGUUA